CGUCUCUGGUCGGAAAAGCGGAAAAGCGGGACUUUUCACCCGGGAGAGAGUGCCGCGAGUCCUCGCUCUCGCCCAGAUACCAUUAGAACCUGUUCGAACUAGAGAUUUUCCUGUAACUGGAGAUAAUAUCCAGCGGCCCAAACGCAAUGGUCUAGUUUAAAUUUGGAUUGCCCAAGACUACGCAAAAUAAGCCUCAAGCUGGAUUACAGCAGCGAUAGCAACGGACCCUGGGAGAAGCAGCAGCAGAACCCAAAUCCGCCGAACCCUAACCCGGAAAAGGACAGCAAUGGCAGGACCAAUGAGCAGCUGCAGCACGACUUGCUGCAACAGUUGCAGCAGCAAUUCCAGAUGGCGGCGGUGCAGCAGCAGCAGCAGCAACACCAGCGACAGUUGCUGCAGCACCAGCAUUCGCAUCCGCCCUUCCAAGCCCCCCAGCAACACCAGCCCGCACAGCAGCAACACCAGUCGUUGCAGCAGCAGCAGCAGCAGCAGCAUCAGCAACAGCAGCAGCAACACUUGCACCACUCGCACCACCCACCGCUGCAGCACCACCUGUCGCUAGGCGGCUACCAGCAACUGCAACUGCAGAUGCAGGCCACCAGGAAUCAGUAUUCCACACCGCAACACCAUUAUCGCAGUGCAACCACUGCUGCAGCAGCAACAUCGGCGAAUGCAGCCACCAUAAGACGCCGCACCUUGAGUCAUGUGUCGCGUUCUUACUCCCUGGGCACAACCGCAGCAAAUGCAGCAGCUUCCGCAGCGGCAAGCGCAGCAGCAGCAGCUGCAACUGCAGCAGCCACGCCAGCAACAUCAGCGGCUAGUAGCAAUAAUCAACUGAGUAUCCACAAAACUGGCAUCAUGGUCGCCGCCUCGCGCUGUCGAAGUCCCAUAAUGCUGUGCCACAGCCACAGCGACGGCGAGUUUCCACUGUACAGAGGUAAGUUUGACAUUGAUGGACUACACAGUCUGGAAAAUCGAAGGAUGUGUCUGUAUGGGAGUGUGGGAGGAUAA